AUGAAGAGAGUUAGGGCUCCUUCGCCCGCCCCCCACCCGCUGCACCUGGCCUGGGGCGCACCUCCACUGUGCUCACGGCUCUCCCACCGCGCACCCCCAGGCCCCCUGCACCCCAGGCCGCGGCGCCCGGCCUCACGGCCCCUACAAAGCCGCGCGCCCCCGCCCCGCGCCGCGGCCCUCCCCUCCGUGCGGGGCUCCCGGCUUCCCCACCUGGCCCCCUCCCCCGGACCCCCCCAACUCUCACGCCAGCCCCGCCGCCCCCACCCCGCCCCCCGAAGCGGCGGGCGAAGUUUGCCGGGGCCGCGCGGCGCCCCUCCCCCGCCCCCGCCCCCUGCACCUGCUCCGCGCGCGCCCCCUCCGGGAGGGGCGGGGAGGGCGGCGGCGGGGGGGGGCGCGGGGGGAGCGGCUACUCACGAGCCCCGGCGGGCGGCGGCGCGGGCGGCGGCGGCGGCGGGCCGGCGGCGCGGGCGUCAGCGUUACGUGGGGCCGGGGGAGAUGCGCCGGGCCCCGGCCCCCCCGCCCCCGGCCCGGCCCCCGCCCCUCCCCGGCCCUCCGCCCCCGGCCCGGCCCGCAUUGUGUGCGGCGGGAGGCGGCCCGGCCAUUAGCAUGCGGGGGGCGGCGCGGCGGGCAGCGCGCUCGGGCUCCGGGGCCGGGGGACCCCCGGAGCGGCAAGAGGCGGCCGCCAGGGGAUAA